AUGGCGACAACUCGUUCAGUAGCAAUUAUUGGUGGAGGAAUUGGUGGUUUGACCGUGGUCAAUGGUUUGAUGCAUGCAGGAUUGUCUGUUUCAUUAAAUGAGCGUUCGCCUUUUUUUAUUCCAACGGCCGGUGCUGGAUUUGGUCUUCAACCAAAUGGACAAGCAGUACUCGCACACAUUGGCUUCAAAGAAAAAGUGCAACAAAUCACUCAUCCCUAUCUUGUACGGCAGAUUAUUAAUGACAAUGGUGAUGUGAUUGCGUCAUCAAAUAGAAUUGCCGAUUACGGUAAACGAUUUGGUUUCUUUCUCGGUGGAAUUUUGCGUGCUGAACUUGUUGAUAUAUUGAAAGAACCCAUAGAACAAGCCGGUAAUUUACAUAAUAAUCAUAAUGUUGCCAAUAUCAAACAAGACGCCGAUGGUGUGAUGAUUUCUUUAGAAAACAAUCAGCAGAAAAAGUCAGUUCGAGUAGAUAUGCUCAUUGGAGCAGAUGGAAUUCAUUCAACAGUUGUCAAUCAAAUCUUUCCUCAAAGUCCUCCACCUAUCUAUACGAAAGAAAACAUAUUUUAUGGUGUAAUCGACAAUAUUGAUCAACAAACAUCUAUCAAUCCGACAGUUACAGCUAAAAACACAUUGACACACUACAGUCAAUUAAAAAGAUUUCCUAAAUCACAUCCUGUUCAUGAGUGUGCAGCUGCAACUGAUAAAAAACGUUUACUUCAUUUCGGAUUGUACUAUCGUCAGCAUCGCAGAGAUGGAUGGCAUCGAGGCCGAAUCUGUUUACUGGGUGAUUCUUGCCAUGCAACAUUGCCCUAUGUAGGUCAAGGAGCCAAUAUGGCUAUUGAAGAUGCAGUGUCACUUGCAACAUGUUUAGAAAAACAUCAUUUUCUCAUUGAACCAGCAUCUCAAGAAUAUUAUAAGCAACGUUACGAUCGAACCAGGCGUGUUGUUAAUUCUGCACGAUAUUUGGGUUUACUUUUACAUUCACAAAAUCCUGUUAUAUCUUUCAUAGCGAAGCGUUUAGGUCCUGUAAUAAUCCAGUCUAACGUACUUAUGACAAUGAUUGAAAAUGAGUUUUAUAAUAAAUGUCCUAUCUCGAUGAAGCCGUUGAAAGAAGAGUAA